AGUAUUUUACAGAAUUUACGAGUAAAAACACUGUAAAGUUCAAAAUAAAACAAUUUUUCUUUCUCUUAUUCAUUUUUACUCAAAAUCAUUAAAUUUCGUCAAACAAAAAGUGUAAAGAUACUACAAAAUCUUCCAACUUUACGGAGGUUGCUUGAAAUUUUGUCAUUAAAUUUGAUAAAACCUCACGGUUCCUGGAAUAUAUAUAUAUAAAUCUUUACCUUUCUUAUUAAGAAACAAAAUAACUAAAUCAAAAACCCAUAAACCGCAUUAAUCUGAAGAGAAUUAAUAUAUUUUCGGGUUAAUCAAUUCUCUAACAAGUUCUUGCAUCGCGUUGUCGGGCAAAACUCAAAAUAUAAAUAUGGUACACGUAUGAAACGUACGUAAGUAAAUGAUCAAGCACGUAUUAUUAGCAGCUACAUUAUGCAUGACGAAUAUGUUUAGUUCUCAAAUUCUAAAACUGAUAAGCCUUUCCUCCGCCAUUAAUAAUCAAAGUUAGAAGUCAUAUAUAAUUAAAUGCUGCUAUCAUCCAACAUUAAUUGUUUUUAAUCAUAAUUUGGUACUUUUUCUUCUGUUAUUCAAAUCUCAUCUUUGGACCCAUCUUACCCUACCCACCAGUUGAUAUUCCCUCCGGCUCUAUAUAUAGUUAGCAUUUGUCAAUCUCCCAAUCACACCAAACACACAAAAAGAGCAAUAAACCUUCUCUUCUCACCCACUCAGAGUCUUUCAUCUCACUCUCAAACCCUAAAAUGGCUUCUAAUGAAGAAGGCUCUAUUGGAACCUCCAUGCAUGGAGUCACAGCAAGAGAACAAGUCUACUCCUUCUCCGUAGAUGCUUCAUCCCAAACCCUCCAAUCAGACGAUCCAACCGCUAAGUUUGGCCUUCCGGUUGAUUCCGAACACCGAGCCAAAGUGUUCAAGCCACUCUCAUUUGCUAAACCUCACAUGAGAGCCUUUCACUUAGGAUGGAUCUCAUUCUUCACUUGCUUCAUCUCAACCUUCGCAGCGGCACCAUUAGUCCCCAUCAUCCGUGAUAACCUCGACCUGACCAAAACUGACGUCGGAAACGCAGGAGUUGCCUCCGUCUCCGGUGCCAUUUUCUCAAGGUUAGCCAUGGGAGCCGUUUGCGACCUCCUCGGUGCACGGUAUGGAACCGCCUUCUCCCUCAUGCUAACCGCUCCAACCGUCUUCUCAAUGUCGUUUGUGACCGGUCCGGUUGGAUACUUAGCCGUCCGGUUCAUGAUCGGCUUCUGCCUGGCCACAUUUGUAUCGUGCCAGUACUGGACCAGCGUCAUGUUCAACGGCAAGAUCAUAGGUCUAGUCAACGGAUGUGCUGGCGGGUGGGGCGAUAUGGGCGGUGGAGUUACUCAACUACUCAUGCCAAUGGUCUUCCAAGUCAUAAGGCUCGCUGGAGCCACUCCAUUCAUGGCUUGGCGCAUAGCAUUCUUCAUCCCUGGCUUUCUUCAAGUCGUAGUGGGAGUUCUUGUCCUCACUCUUGGCCAAGAUCUCCCCGAUGGUAACCUCAGUACCCUUCAGAAGAGUGGUCAAGUUUCUAAAGACAAAUUCUCCAAGGUUUUCUGGUUUGCGGUGAAGAACUACAGAACAUGGAUUCUGUUCGUUCUUUAUGGAUUUUCCAUGGGAAUUGAAUUAACUAUCAACAACGUUAUCUCCGGAUACUUCUUCGACAGGUUUAACCUAAAGCUUCAAACAGCCGGUAUUGUAGCAGCCAGUUUCGGAAUGGCAAACUUCUUCGCCCGUCCCUUCGGUGGCUACGCAUCUGAUCUAGCAGCCCGGCUUUUCGGCAUGAGAGGCCGGUUAUGGAUCUUAUGGAUCUUUCAAACAGUAGGAGCACUCUUUUGCAUCUGGCUAGGUCGUGCUAGUUCCCUUCCCAUAGCGAUUUUAGCAAUGAUGCUCUUCUCAGUUGGUACACAAGCCGCUUGUGGAGCCCUCUUCGGUGUUGCACCUUUCGUCUCACGCCGCUCACUAGGGUUGAUAUCGGGACUAACUGGCGCGGGAGGAAACUUUGGUUCCGGUUUGACUCAGCUGCUUUUCUUCUCAACUUCUAAGUUUAGUACAGCGGAUGGACUCUCGUUGAUGGGAGCUAUGGCGGCUUUGUGCACCGUCCCGGUUGCGUUUAUACAUUUUCCGCAAUGGGGAAGCAUGUUUUUGAGACCGUCGAGUGAUGGAGAAAGGUCGAAGGAGGAGUAUUAUUAUAGCUCUGAGUGGACAGAGGAAGAGAAACGACAAGGGUUGCAUGAAGGAAGUAUCAAGUUUGCUGAGAAUAGUCGGUCUGAGAGAAGCAGGAAAGUAGCUUUGGCUGAUUUUCCGACACCGGAGACAGGAACUCCAACUCAUGUCUGAAGACAAAUCACAAGAGAUGUUUACUUAUUAUAUAUAUAACCAUUUAGUCGUUUCAUUAUAUUCCUGUUGUAAUGUAACUUAUAUGUAGUGAGUAAGAUCUUUGCUUUGAGUAGGUAAGGUUCGAUGAGCUCGGUACUUAGUAAUGUUGUUUCAAUGAAAGGGAAAAUAUUCUACAACUCUUUUUAUAUAACAAAGAAAAGCUUUUCGUUAGUCAGAUGUUUUAAGAGUGCAUAUGAAGAAAACAUUAUGAACAUAGACUACGGUAGAAGCAAUUGAAAGACUUGAGUUAUCUUCAAACUAUAUUAACAGAUGAGACCAAAAGAAUCUAAAGAGAAUGUGAGAAACUAAUAAACUUGAAAACCUGAUGUUGACUUAGGUUAUCUUUGAGUUAAAGAAACUACCUGUCUCAGAUUUGCUUCAGGAGCUUUGCAGCACCAAGAAUCGUGGCUACAAAUUGCUAUAGAAGCAACCGUUUCAGCUAAAUUGCAAACACACCAAGAAUCACUUAUUACUUAUUAGCUUUAAUAAAAUUGAGUAAAAAACAUAAAAUCGUCAAAAAAAAUCCUGCAAUAACACCACCAAAAACCGUUCUUUGUUUAAGAAUCUAUGUUGUCCAAUGUUGUACCAUGGUUCUAACUAGAUAUGUUAAGAAGAGAUUAGGAUUAGUGACCCACGAAAAAAAAGAAGGUUUCCUCACACAAUUGAGGCUUUACUUAUUGUGAAUGUAUCGGUUUAAGAUAAAUUAAGAACAUGGCAUCGAUUAAACCAUGUGUCUACCUCUGCGUUCCUAUAAGAAGAUAAAAUUCACAUUAAUUUAUCUAAGAUGUUUCAAGGUAUAUGCAUUUAGAAACCAUUGAUGCCAUGUUCAUAUCUUGACUUCCCGUGGUAAUAGGUUGGCUCAACCUCGAUGAAACGUGGUUUUGUAAAGAUAUGUGAAGCAUAGAUUAGGACCAAAGAAAAAGAAGGAUUGUGUCACACAUUCAAGACCUCAGUUGUAUGUAUGUAAGGCCGUAAGGGGGUUUAGAAAAAUUAACAAGGCAACGAUGUUUUAGUUCUAAAUGUAAUUUAUGUGUUUGCGUCUGCAUCUGCGUUUAUAUGAGGAAAGUCUCACAUGUUUGAUAUAUAAAUAUUGUAAUAUACUUUUGCUAAUGGUAAACCAGACAAACAUCAUUUCCAUUUGCGUCUAGCCUUUAAGUUUACAAUGAACAAGCUGUUUAAAGGGUUGGUUCAUUUGAAAAAUAAGUUAUAAACUGAAUCCUCAAGUAACUUUUUACAGUUGUGCUUUACAUGUUCGAUGCAAUCGAGUUCUGUUCUUUCUAUGCAAUCCAUAAUGUUGAGAAUCUGACGCUGAUGUAAAUAAGAAAUUCAUUCUCGAAGAUGAUCAUGAUGAUUGAUCAUGAACAUGUUAGGUCUUAUCGAAAAAUUCCGUCAGCUUUCGUGUUCUAUUUCAUCUUGUAGAUAGACUGUAGAAUGUAGCUAGUCAGAUUUACGAGUGUACAAUUGGGAAGAGUUAUCCUUGUAAAUAGAUAAAAGCUGAUUUUACUUGGAAGUUGAAGACCUCCAUACAAGUAAAUGAAUUGUUUUUCAUCUGAUAUGAUGUAUCAUCAAGAUCUUCAUCAUACCAUUAGCUUUGUAGUUUACAAUAUAAAUACAUAGAUGCAUAUGCAAUUUAACUAUGCGUAUUUUUAAUUUUUUUCGCUAUGUGCAACAAAUUUUUUUUGCCUUAAUAAGAAAUGUGGCAUUACAUGUUCCCUAACCUUGAUUUUUGAGAUAUUGAUGAGUUCAUAUUCGACACUUAUUUUUUCAAGUGUCCUUAUUUAUAAUGAAAUGCAACUCCAAUUUGUUUUUGCUAGUUUAAAGUCUCAUGCAUGCUUUGUAUGUUGACGUUUUUGUUAUACAAUGUUUUAAAUUAAUGGAUUCUCGUACGUCUUAAUCUAUUGUUUUAUCUGACUAUUUAAUUUUAUAUAUAUUUUAAAACUAAGAAAGUUUAAAUUGAAAUAUAUGUAUGUAUUAGAUUUGUAUUGUUUAUAAUAUUUUGUAAAUGUUUUGGAUGAUGCAUUGAUGCCACAUAUAUACUCGUUCAUAUAAAUAAUUUAUGCAACCUAGGCUAAAAACUUAAUAUACAAGUUUAAUCAUUGACCCAUAUUUGUCAAGUCAACCAUAUCGUCUGGUCUGGGAGGAAGAUUAAACCAAACCAUCAAUUACGUUAUGUCUCCGUUUAAUGUAUUCAUAUUGGAUUUGAAGUGUUUUUCCAACGAAGAAGAAACUUCAUCGUCCUUUCAUCACCCACUCAUUGUAAAAGAAUUUUGGAAAUUAGUGUAUAGAAAAAAGAAGGGAAAUUGCACCUCAUACACUACACUUUUAUCCUAAUUAACCAAACACCCUAAAUCUCACAAUGUUAUACUUUUUUCCAUAGAGACAAAUGAGUCAAAUCAUAGGUAUUUUCAUUUGUUUAGGGUUUUCAACAGAUUGACUCUAGAAAGAAAUCAAAUCAAAUAUAAAUUUCACAAAGUACCAAAGAGAGAAAAAAAUGUGAAGAUGAAGACAGAAAAAGGGCAAAGGGCUAUGGCAUUGGCUCCUAGAAAGGCUUCAUGUCUUUCUCUUUUCCUCCCUUUUUCAAUUUGAUUUUUUAAUUAUUUUCUCUUGUUGUGGACCUCAUCAUUACCUCCUUGUGCAAGAAGGUGUUGUUGUGAAUAGACCCUAUGUCUUGUAUACUUUUAUGUCUAUCCACAUGGUCAAUUUUUUGUGGAGCAAUGAUAAUAACCGAAGCGAUAAUUCGAAUGAAUCAAAUAGUUUGAAUAUGAUUUAUGUAUAUCACUGGCCGACGUGAUGGAAGGUCGAUCCUCAAUUAGUAAAAUUCAAUAGGUUUAUCUCCUAUUUACUAAAAAUCUUGAUAAUAAAAAGCUAUAAUAGCGUUAAAGAAAAAUCUAAAUUGUUAUAAAAUGGUUGGAAUUAGAAAGGAAAAAAUAAGAGACCAUCAUUUUCAGAUACAUGUUAUAAAAAAAUCUCACAUUAUUAAAAGCGUUGGGGACUUACAAUGCCAUAUGGUAUCACUUAUUUCUUAAGAGAUCAAAAUAGUUGGUAUUCGAGAUUGAAGUUAAAACUAUUCUUAUUGCACACGCGUAUCAAAGGACAGCAACACUAAAAACGGUUAUUCAUUAGAAGAAGUUGCAUUCGAUCCGAAACUGAUGGAUCUAUGCUUUAUGAGAUUUAAUCAAAACUUAGUGUCAAUGUUUCAUAAGUUUCCUUCCUAAUCGUUGUUAGUUGUUUAUGAGAUGAAACUAGCCCUGCGACUUUUGUCUGAACCCAACGGGCCGAACCGAGCCGAACCGAAAUUUUUGAUUUUCGGUUCUGUUUUGGUUUUGAGUUCGGUUUAGUUCGGUGGGAUUUUGAAAAGUAAUUUGUUUUUCGGUUCGGUUCGGUUCAAUUUUUAUUUUCAAAAAAAAAAUUAAAAAACC